GGGACAGCAGCUGGUACCAGAACCAGAACCAGGACCAGGACCGGUCCAUUCAGGACUUCUGCUGCAGAGAGAACCAUAGGGACAGCAGCUGGUACCAGAACCAGAACCAGAACCGGUCCAUUCAGGACUUCUGCUGCAGAGACGACCUUAGGGACACCAGUAGGGAGAGCAGCUGGUACCAGAACCAGAACCGGUACCGGUACGGGUCCAUUCAGGACUUGCAGGAACCACAGUGCGGGCUCGUCUCCAGGGGGCGAUGUUCGCGGGCCGAGCGUCGGCGGCCGGAGCUGCAGGACCUUCGGCUGGAGGGAAGUUCAGCGUGGAGGAGCUGUACGGGUUCACCAAGAAGCCGAAGGUGAAGCGAGGAACCUGUGGGAGGCAGGAGAGGAGCAACGGGAGGAAGGAGGCCAAGGAGGAGACGCAGCUGGCCUCUCAGAUCCUGGAGUCUGCCAGGAGGCUGAUGGAGAGACGCAGGCUGGAGAUCUACCUGAAGGAGUGUGAUGUCACCAUGGAGCAGAGCAGCAUGCCCUACAGGAACCUGGGGAAGUCUGGACUCAGAGUGUCCUGCCUGGGCCUGGGAACCUGGGUGACAUUCGGGUCUCAGAUCUCUGAUGAGAUGGCAGAGAGUGUGAUGACGGUGGCCUAUGACAGCGGGGUGAACCUAUUUGACACCGCGGAGGUCUACGCUUCAGGAAGGGCAGAAAAGACUCUGGGGAACAUCCUGAAGAAGAAAGGCUGGAGGAGGUCCAGCUAUGUGGUCACCACCAAGAUCUACUGGGGAGGACAGGCAGAGACAGAGCGGGGGUUGUCCCGGAAACACAUCAUAGAAGGUCUGCGGGGGUCUCUCUCCAGGCUGCAGCUGGACUAUGUGGACAUCGUGUUCGCCAACAGGAGUGACGUCAACGCGCCCAUGGAGGAGAUCGUGCGUGCGAUGACCUUUGUGAUCGACCAGGGUCUGGCCAUGUACUGGGGGACGUCCCGCUGGAACGUGGUGGAGAUCAUGGAGGCCUACUCCAUCGCCCGGCAGUUCAACCUGGUUCCGCCCGUGUGUGAGCAGGCCGAGUACCACUACUUCCAGAGGGACAAGGUGGAGCUGCACCUGCCGGAGCUCUACCACAAGAUCGGAGUGGGAGCCAUGACCUGGUCUCCGUUAGCCUGCGGUCUGCUGACGGGGAAAUACAACGAGGGCGUCCCCCAGAGCUCCAGGGCCGCCAUCAAGGGUUACUCGUGGCUCCAGGAGCGUCUCCACAGCGACGAGGGGAAGAAGCAGCUCAGCAAGAUCAGAGAGCUCCACCUGCUGGCCGACCGCCUCAACUGCACCGCCGCCCAGCUGGCCAUAGCCUGGUGUCUGCGCAGCGAAGGCGUCAGCUCGGUUCUGCUGGGAGUGUCCAACACGGAGCAGCUUCUGGAGAACCUGGGUUCCCUCAGGGUUCUGACCCAGCUGACUCCGCCCCUCAUCGGCGAGAUGGACGCGUUGCUAGGCAACAAGCCCAGGAACGCCAAGAAGGAGUGAAGGAGCUAAGGAGGGAGGAGAGGUGACGAGGAGACAACGGAGGAAGAAGAGCAUGAUGGGACUUUUCCGUUGCCAUGGAGACCCGCACAGAGCUGCACUAACCCUUAAAGCGGAAAAUAUUCUCCACUAUUAUAAUAUAUUUAUAUAUUUAUAUUUAUAUCAGUGUUUUAUUUUAGCGUAGAGCAUUUACUGUAUGAAUGAGGAAGACAUAAAGUAUUCACACCCCGCAGAGAGCUGAUUGGCUGGAGACACAGAGAGCUGAUUGGCUGGAGAGACAGAGAGCUGAUUGGCUGGAGACACAGAGAGCUGAUUGGCUGGAGACACAGAGAGCUGAUUGGCCGAUCCACCACCUGAUCAGAGGAGGAAAUGACGUUCUAUAAUAAUCAGAAAGUUAUGAAUAUGUAUUAGUUAUGAAUGAAUAAUUAUUAAUAUGUAUAUAAUCUAAACUUUAUCAUAGAGGGAAAUUAGUUUCUGUGACCUGACGGGUUAAAGGUGAUUUUAUUAAGGAUAAAUAAUAGGAACAAUGUUGAAUAAUCCUGAAUAAAAUACUAAGAAUAUAAA